ACCCCAAAAUCAGUGGGUCAUCAAUUGCCGGGGUCAAUUGCUGUCAUAUUAUUUUAAUAAAAAACAAUAAGUAUCAAAAUGAGAAGGGGAACCAAACCAAACCUCUACCGAACCAAAAGAAGCCAAGUGAAAAGCACUCAGCAAAAACAAGAUGGAAGAAAGCCAAAAAGAAUUAAAAGACAUAAGGAAACGAGAGUGCAUCCAGUUUGAGAAGCCCCUCUAACUGCUCUGGGAUCAGAUCAUUCAAUCUCCAAGUAAAAGCCCUAUCAAGGCCCAACACUGCUACCCUUUUGGUCGCUCUAUUCGCCCAAUCCGGAAAAUAACAUAGGCCAAGAUUACUCCGGCUCAAAGAGGAACCCAUCUCCAAAAUACCUAAAUAGGAAACAUCAGUUACCCUAUUAGGCAACCCCAUUCUAUCCGCCCACUCCACCGCCUCAUAGAAGACCUCCACCUCCGUUAUUGAAGAAUUGGGCAAAUGAAAACCGUUCGCUGCAACCAUGGAACCGGUGUGAUCUCGCAGAAGGAAACCAGCAGCUCUUUGCCCAUUGGGCCAUUACUGCUAACAAUCGCCCAAUUGAGUUUCACCUGGGAUCAGUGGCGGAGCCAGAAAAAUGGCUCAGGGGGUUGAAAAUGGUGGAUCGUUUUUAAACAAUGUCCGAGUUGAAUAUUUCUUAUGCAGUUUAAAUAAAUAAGCACUCAUAGCAAUAAAUAGAUUGUCUUUGCUCUGAUUGUGAGUUGUGUCACGUAAGUAUUGAGUGAAUGAUAUCCUAUUUUUAAAAUUUGGGAAAAUAAUCUAUAAUAUGUACUACCUUCGUCCCAAAAUAAUGAUCCUGUAUCUCUUUUUUGGGAUGUCCCAAAAUGAUUAUCAUGUUUCCCUUUUUGGAAAGAAAGAUGUGGUCCAUAUCAUUUCACUUUAUUAUACCCAAAUCUCAACCACAACUUUUACCUUUUCAACCACUUUAUUAAAAUGUGUGCCCAAAAGAAUUGAGACCAUCAAAUUGGGAUGGAGGAAGUAUCAAAUUUUGUUGAUUUUACGUUUAGAUAGUGCUGAUUUUCCAGAAGUCAUAACUUUUUACUCGUAAUGAGUUACGGGGGACAUAAUAUAUCAAAUCGAAGAUAAUUCAGAGUUCUAUACUCUCGAACUUUCAGCUGGGUCGGCUGACCACCCUGACCCCCUUGGCUCCGCCCCUGCCCGGGACUCAGCUGAUCGUCUCCACCGAAAGGUUCGAGGUUUCCUGACUUUCCUCCUCUUGAAGUUUUGAGGUAAUAAACUAAGAUUCUGCAACUUUUCACCUCCCUUCAAAUUAACAUGCAUUGAACACCAGUUAAUCAUGAAUUCGCUAAUUUGAUAAAUGGUCUGAUUCGUAUCUGGCUUUAAAUUCUUCCAAAUAGUGUCCCGGUAUGUUUUCCAAAGAUGCCAUGUGAUUACCCCCGGUAUAAUUGCAGUGUAGAGUUUAUCCAUUGUCUUUCUAGUAACCGAUAUCCACCACCUCAUGAGCUGAUUCUGGAUGUUGUUAACUCUGCCCCCCCCCCCCCCCCCCCCCCCCCCCCAUUUACAAAGUGCUUGUAAAAAAGUUCAAACGGAGCCAGAGAAGGAGCAACGUAGCAGAAUAUGAUCCAUUGAGACACUGGCAAUGUUACACAAUGGACACAUGGAGGGGUACACCGCUGAGUAUUUGGCCAAUUGCUCUGGGAAAGGAAGAGCUUUGUGCCAUAGCCUCCACAAGAAAACUCGGAUUUUUGGCAGCUGUUUCUUAUGCCAAAUGUGGUCUGUGGAUAAGGCUCGACCACCAUUUCUCCAUAGAGCCUGAAAAGCUGAUUUGGUUGUAAACUUUCCAUCCUUAGAAUAGUUCCAAUGAAUAGACUAAGGACCCCUAGUCAGCAUGCUCUCAGCCUCCUCAUGAAUAAGGCUGAUUCUCUUCCAAAUUAGAGAGUCAAUUGGCUUGCACUCCCCUAGAGUUCUACUGCUAUAUUUCCUCUUCAUCAAGCCCGACCAAAUACUCUCCCCUUGCUGAAACUCCCACCAGAGUUUGACCCCAGCAACCUUUUCAACAUCAUUAAGAGACCUAAUGCCUACCUCCCAUUACCAAUAGGCUUGCAAGGAUCCCUAUAUGUGAUCCAAUGGUAUUUAGGUUUGUUGUUGCUAUCAAAUUGUUCCCGCUUUUUGCUUCUUCAUUUUUUUUCUUUUCCCCUUGCUGAUCGAAUCGUUCAUACUUCAUGCUAUCUCUUCUUUUUUCUUUCCCUUCCUUUUUGAUCGAAUUUUUCCAGUUCUCCGUUUCCUUCUCCUUUUUUUAUUUUAUAUUAACAGUUUUUAAUUGAGUUUUUUUCGAAUUAAUGCUCACUAAUUAAUUAAUUACGAAAAUAAUGUUGGGUUAAAAGUAUUUACCGAUAUACUGCUGGGAUUAACCAUGGUUGGGGUAAGUCGUCAAACGGUUGGGUGACUUAUAAGUCGCCAUCCGGUUUGGCGACUUAUAAGUCGCCCAACUGUUUGUCGACUUACCCCUUAAACUAAAAGUCGGGUUCGCCAUUUCACACAGAAUGCAGCAGAACCCCAAUUCCCAAACCCUCUGCAGAUACGAGCGAAGUGCGGCGAUGAACCACUGCCCCGACUCCGGCGAAGGUUAAUCUCCGGCGAGCAACGGUGAGGCCUCCCUAUUUUGUCAAUACUACUUCACUUUCAUCUUCUUCAACAUUCUAGGUAAAUAAAUAUCUCCAAUUUAUCUCAUUUUUCAUUUUAGGGUUUAGAAUAUAGGAAAUUUGAGUUUGUAAAUUAGGAAUUCAUUUGUGAAUUGAUUUGUUGUGUAAUGUGAAUAUGUAUGAAGUGUUGAAUGUUGAUGUUGCAAUCAUUGUUAUAUAAUUUUUUUGAACUUUGUUAUGUAAUGUAGAUUUGGAGGUAUGAAUUGAACUUUGUUAAAUUUUUGAACUUUAUUAAUGCUAAAAAAACUCAAAAAAUUGAAUGUAUUAUUUAUUUUAAAUGUUAUAUUUUUCCAUUUUUAAGUGUAUAUAUAUCAUAUAUGAAUUGUGUAUAUUAAUGUGUACUCAUGAAAGUUGGACAUGGAUUGUUAUUAGAAUAUGGAUUUCUCAAACUUCCCAAUCGUGUGUCAUUGAGGAGGGAACGUAUUUGAGGAAGGUGGCUAAAUACGCCAUGAAGGUGGUAGAAGCAGCUUUGUCAUUGUUUCUCGUGGUGCAUGUUUGGCGAGAUGCUGCAAAAAAUUCAUGCAGCUACAAUGAUUUCUCCGACCCGUUGUUUGCGAUUGCCACUUCUUGAUGAGCUAGCUAUAUCAAAUAUGUGGUUGAUAAUUCAGAUGGAGAGUAUGUCCACGUUGGAGAUAUACAUUGAGAAAUCCAUAUCUGACUAUUCUGCUACAUACUCCAUCAAAAUCAAAUGUUGUUGUACCUAGGCAUGGUGUCAAUGCAGGGAACUCCUCAAAUGCUGUUGUACUGGACAUGGUUAUAGAGGAAGAGGGUAGGUAUGUGCACAAUGGUGCAUCAUUUGUGAAUGGGCAGGGAAGUGAUGAUGAUGCUGACGAUAACAUCAACGGUGAUGACAUGACAGAAUCUGAUGAAGAUGAUGGUGAUACUGUCAUGGCAACUGCCCCGUCUAGUCACUUUACUAGAAUAUAUGAUCUCCCAGAAGGCUUUACUGAUGUGUGGAUGAGUAGAGCAGGUAUGAAAAGAUUUACACCCGAAGGUGAGUUUGAGGUUCGUCAACAGUUUGACAACAAAGAACAAGUGAUCAAUAUGGUGAGCUUGUAUCCUAUUAAAAGAAACCAAUUUUAUCUGGUGCUGAAGUCCGAUAAACACAAAUGGGUUGCAGAGUGCAAGAGGAAGAAGGAACGUGAUUGCCCCUGGAGAAUACGUGCCACAAAAAACAAAGGCAACAUCGACAACUUCACAAUUGUGCGUUAUCCUGGACCUCAUUCUGCUACUUGUGUUGGCAACACCGACAGUACUGAUCACGUGGCAAUGACUUCUGAUUUCAUUGCUAAAGAUGUGAUUGACAUUCUUCGCACUGAUCCUUCCCUAAAAGUGCAUACUGUCAUUGAAAUGCUGAAGGAAAAGUAUGGGUAUACGGUAUCGUACAAAAGAGCAUGGAUGGGAAAACAGAAGGCCAUUGCAGAAAUAUUUGGCUGGGAGAAGUCAUAUUCUGAAUUGCCCCAUUUCAUGACAGCGCUCCAACAUUCCAAUCCUGGAACUGUUGUUCACUGGUACCCACCCCCUAUUACUCCAACAGGUUAUAUGCAGUUUCAGAGAGUAUUUUGGGCAUUCAAGCCUUCAAUACAUGGUUUUAAGCAUUGUCGACCUGUACUUACUAUUGAUGGCACACACUGACACACUUGUAUGGGAAGUACAAGGGUACAUUGCUCGUGGCUAUGGGUAGUGAUGCGAACAACCAAAUAUUUCUCAUGGCCUUUGCUGUUGUUGAAUCUGAGAAUGGGGAGAGUUGGCCAUGGUUUAUGGCAUACAUUAGGGAGUUUGUCACUGAUAGGGAUUUGUGUGUCAUUUCUGAUCGGCAUGCAGGUAUAGUCAAGGCUAUGAAUGAGGUGGGCAGUACUUGGGAGGAGCCUUAUGCGCACCAUAGGCUAUCUAUCCGCCAUCUUGCAUCGAAUGUGCAUACUCAUUUCAAAUACAUUCACCUAAAAAAUCUGUUUGUUUGGACCGCACGGCAACAUCAGAAAAAGAAGUUUGAUGGUGGGUUCAAGAAGAUAGGGAAAUGCGGAUGGAGGCGCGACAAUUUAUGUGGAACAUUCCCUUGGAAAUGUGAUCAUUACACCACGAUGGCGGAUACAAAUAUGGUACCAUCACUUCUAAUUUGGCUGAGGUUUUCAACAGCGUAAUGAAAAAUGCCAGAUAUUUUCACAUCACCGCUUUGGUCCAGGUUUCUUUUUUCCACGUUAAUGUUUAUUUUGUUAAUAGGCAUGAAAGCAGUAAAGUAAGAGUGACUGAAGGCCACGACUAGUCUCCAUACAUAACGGAUUUGAUUGAGAAGAAUAGAGAGAAGGCGAAGCAUCACAAUGUUACUCCAUCUGCGUUGGGAAAGGGUGGGAGAAAACAAAUUGUCCAUCUGCGGCGGCGUACUUGCACCUGUAAAAUGAUGGAAAUAUAUAAGAUUCCAUGCUUUCAUGUAUUAGCCGUGUGCAAACAAUGUAGUUUGUCUUUUCAUCCAUUUGUGGAUCCAUUUUUCUCAUCUCAACAAUACGCCGCCACAUAUCAAAGAGUCUUUAAACCCAUUCCUGACCGUGAUUAUUGGCCGACUUACUAUGGACCUGAAAUUGUGCAUGAUCCAUCCAUGGUUCGAGCUAAGUGAAGACCUAAGUCCACACGUAUUAAGAAUGAGAUGGAUGAAGGUCCCCGAGGAACGGUUAGAUGUGGAAUAUGUAAACAAACCGGCCAUAAUAGGGCCACAUGUGCAAAGAGAUCAUCAAGAGAUGGAGGAGAGUCCACUGGGCAUGGAGGUGUCAGCGGAUCCUGGACCGAGUGAUCGUUCUGUCCUGAAAUUGCAGGCCUCGCACAGGAGUGAGGAUGUGUGGCUUGGCCAUCGACAUCUAGUGCAGCGGCGGCUUCAUCAUCCCAGACUCAGCAUAAGAGAGUGGUUCUUCAACCACGCCAGCGGCGUAGGCGUAGGCAGCAACAACAUCUCCAUGACCAAAAUGAUCAAGAAGACCAUGAGAACUUAGAUUUUGUAUUUUGUAUUGGAGUUUUUCUUGUACACCAGAUGUUGUCUGAAGAAUUGACUUUAUUUUACGUAUUUCCACCUGUAAACUCUUUUAUGAUAUGUUGAUGUGUUCGAUUAUGAAUA